GACGCGCAGGCGGAGCCGCUACUUCCUGGAUCCGCCGGCCGGGGCCGCUGCCGCACCCUGCGCCGGAGCCGGGAGCCGCGGCCGCCGCCAUGUCCCACCAGACCGGCAUCCAAGCAAGUGAAGACGUUAAAGAGAUCUUUGCAAGAGCCAGAAAUGGGAAAUACAGACUUCUGAAAAUAUCUAUUGAAAAUGAGCAGCUUGUGAUUGGGUCCUGUAGUCAGCCUUCCGAUUCCUGGGAGCAGGAUUACGAGGCCUUUGUCCUGCCCCUGCUGGAGGACAAGCAGCCAUGCUAUGUAUUAUUCAGGUUAGAUUCUCAGAACGCUCAGGGAUAUGAGUGGAUAUUCAUUGCAUGGUCUCCGGACCAGUCUCAUGUUCGUCAAAAAAUGUUGUAUGCAGCAACAAGAGCAACGCUGAAGAAAGAAUUUGGAGGCGGCCACAUUAAAGAUGAAGUAUUUGGAACAGUAAAGGAAGAUGUAUCAUUACACGGAUAUAAAAAGUAUUUACUGUCCCAGGCUUCCCCUGCCCCACUGACUGCAGCUGAGGAAGAAUUACGACAGAUUAAAAUUAACGAGGUACAAACUGACGUGGGUGUGGACACGAAGCAUCAGACACUACAAGGAGUGGCAUUUCCUAUUUCUCGAGAUGCCUUCCAGGCUUUGGAAAAACUGAGUAACAAACAGCUGAACUACGUACAGUUGGAAAUAGAUAUAAAAAAUGAAACAAUAAUUUUGGCCAACACAACAAAUACAGAACUGAAAGAUUUGCCAAAGAGGAUUCCCAAGGACUCAGCACGUUACCAUUUUUUUCUGUAUAAGCAUUCCCAUGAAGGUGACUACUUAGAGUCCAUAGUUUUUAUUUAUUCAAUGCCUGGAUACACGUGCAGCAUAAGAGAGCGGAUGCUGUACUCCAGCUGCAAGAGCCCUCUGCUAGAGAUUGUGGAAAGACAGCUGCAGAUGGAUGUGAUCAGAAAGAUUGAAAUCGACAAUGGAGAUGAACUGACGGCAGAUUUCCUUUAUGACGAAGUCCAUCCCAAGCAGCACGCCCACAAGCAGAGCUUUGCUAAACCCAAAGGUCCUGCAGGGAAGAGGGGGAUCCGAAGACUGAUUAGGGGUCCAGCAGAAGCAGAAGCCACUACUGAUUAAAAAGUGUUUUAUUAAAUGUUGCAAUAUAGUUUUGUAAAAUUUUCAGCUUUUAGUACAAGGAGAACUGAAAUCAUUCCAUGUUGAUAUAGUUGGGAGGAAAAUUGUACUUUUUGGAAAAUAGCACUUUUCACUUCUAUGUAUUUUUUAAAUUAAUGCUAUAGAGACUCAUGAUUUCUAUUUUUUAGUUAAAGCUAGACAAGGUUUCAACAUAGUAAUGUUUGAUUGUUGUCACACCAUUUUCAUAGCGUGUUGAUUCCACACUUUCACAUAAUCUUCAAUGUUUUACAUAGGUGGGCCAGUUUCACAAAGCCGAAGGACGUGCUUUUUAGUGCUCUGUAGUGAGAUGUGAGUUUCCCUUUAAAGGGAAGUGGAAGGAGCCUGAGCCACUCACACAUGGUGAGUCCGUUAUGGUGAGUCGGUGGGAAGCUGCUUGCUCUGAGAGCUGUGCUCAGACUGGGCCGGUCUGCAGUGUUGAAGAGCAGCGCUUCAUUGCAGCAAGGCUUCCUGUUUGACCUUUUGUUUUUAAUAGCAUUAAAAUCAGGAAGUCACUUCAUUCUGAAGCUUUGGAGCUACCCGGUAUUGCCGGGUUUCUGAUGGCACUGGAAGACUACGCAGUCUUGCCACAGUCUUUCAGAGCUCGCAAAGUGUCUGUUUCCAAAGUGACUCCUUCAUCGUAAGUACUGUGAAGACAGACAUUCAUGUUCAGAUGGAGACUCAAGUAUCAUUCAAAAGGAAACAAAACUAAAGUGAAAACUGAUAGAAUGCCUAAGUUUUUUUGUUGUUUUUUUAUUUUAUUUUUUUAUUUUUUCCUCCCUUUGAAACCAUGUGUCUUAAAGCAAAUUGUCUUAUCACUUGGGAGCAAGUGUUCUGAUCUAAAUUAAUCAAUUCCUAGUGCUUAGUAGGCUGAUAAUACUUAGCUCAAGGAUCUUGUUUCAGUUAAUAACUUCUCUCAAAACACAUGUGUUUUCUGAAGCUUUGUAUUUUCACUUACAACCUAGAGAUUGAGCCUCAGAUUUCUUUGAUACUUGAAAUAGAGGGAGUUAGAACACUUUGUAUUUAAUCUGCUAAAUCUGCUGCAGAGCCAUAACUGAGAAGUUUUGAAAUGGACUAUGGUAUCCAGGUUUUGGAAGUCCCUGACCUGAACUUCGUGCUGCCUAAGAUAAAUGUCAGUAAUGCACAUUUCAUGAUAUGAAAUAUGAGUCACUCAUUGCAAAGCCUUAUUACCUAAGGUAAUACAUGCGCCUUUCAGAGAUUCCGUGUGCAUUCACGUAGACCAUGAGAGGAAUUACAGGCUGGUGGGAUUUUUAAACUUAGAUUUGAUUAUUUGUGUGUUUUGUUUGUUUACAAAUACUUAGACUUUCCUAUUUAAGUAUGCAGGACAAUUGACAAUAAUGUUGCAGCUGUUUACUAGACGUAAACUUCAGUUGUACGUGCACAUACCGUCACAAGGGCCCACAGAUUGCUGUGGGGAGAGACCUGGAGCUGUGGCAGCCCAUCAGGCGGAGGGAGGACUACCUGUCAAAGGUCUGUACCGAAGGUCCAGGUGCCGCCGUGCUCUGGAUUCUAUUACACUACAUCAGAGUCAUUGCACAUUCCAGAGUAUAGGUGUGGUCGUGUAACCUUACUAAUAACUAAACCAAUGAUUGCUGAGAAUCACGCAUUUGUUUUAGGGUAUAACUCAUUGUUUACAAUAUGUGUUAGGUGAUAAUAGAUGUGAAUAACAUUCCCAAUAAAUUUCUAUAGCAGUGAAAAAUUACAUGUCUUCUGUGGACAUUUUAUAAGUGCAUUUUAUAUCAAUAAAAUUUUUUCUCUUUGAA